AUGCGGACUGAUACCCUUGUUUUGUCCGGUGACACGAUCCGUUUCGUCUUCAAUCUCUUUCCGUACUUGAUCGAAGUCGACAAAUCGGUGACCCUUCUUAUGGAGGAACUCCGCGUACUCAUUACGGUCUUGAAUGAGCUGAAGAAUCAGUGGACGACGAGUGACGAUACCGGAUCCACGUGGAAGAAAGUCUCUGGAAAAUGUUUGUUUAGUGGGGCACUAUUUCGCAAUUUUCGUCUUUUUUUUCUUAUGACUCACUUUCCAACAAAAUUCUCCAAUACGGAUGACUUUCCGGCGGAUUGUCCUCCAACGACAGCGAUUUGUGGCAAUUCGAAGCUGACGGAGGUUCCGAGCUGCGAGAACGCGUCCUGUACACGAUUGAUCACAGGGAUCAGCGCCUGCAUUCCCUGGUUGGCCCACGCCAUGGCUGUUUCGGGGGGAUAG